GUGAAUAUGUUUGGAGUCAAUGCAAAUUAGACAUAUAUAAUAUUAUACACCUGCAAUUAUUUAAUUAAUUAAACCAUAAUAAUUAAUUUCAUCCAUAUAUACCCCCACCCCUUUUCUCCUUCUCCCCUGUGCCUCUGAACCUACAACCACCAUGGAUGUAGAGCAAGAAGAAAUGCAGUUCUUCGGACUCUUCGGGAUCUUCAAAGAAUCCUACAAGAUCAUAAUCUCAUGGAGGAAGAUCUUCACUCAAAUCACAUUUUCCUUAAUCCUCCCUCUGGUUUUCAUAUUUCUAGCCCAAAAAGAAGUAUCCGAAAUCCUCUUCGCCAAAAUCAUCCACAACGAGGCCGAUAUGAUGGUAACCGAAAUAGGCAGUCGCAGAUACAACAAUUUAAACGACGUCGUCAAUUCCGAGUUGACCACUUUGUUCCUCAUCAAAGCCGUCUACUUCACUUUCCUCCUCAUCCUCUCACUCCUCUCCACCUCCGCCGCGGUCUACACCAUAGCCUGUAUCUACACCGGCCGAGACGUCAAUUUUCGAAAGGUCAUGAGCGUGGUUCCAAAGGUCUGGAAGAGAGUCAUGGUCACUUUCCUAUGUACUUUCCUUGCCUUCUUUGCCUACCAUGUGUUUGCAAUAAUUGUCCUGAUAAUAUGGGUGGUCCUUAUGGGAGAAUCUCGGUAUGCUAAUGGAUUCGUUAUUGGCUUGGUUUUUCUUGGGAUUGUCUACUUUGCCGGGUUGGUGUACAUGUCGUUGGUGUGGCAUUUGGCCAGCGUGGUGUCCGUACUAGAGGAAGCUAGAGGUAUUAAGGCUAUGAGAAAGAGCAGAGCUCUGAUGAAGGGGAAGAUGUGGGUGGCUAUUUGUGUAUUUUUCAUUCUGGGAAUAGUCUCCUCUGCCGUACAGUUUGCUUUUCAGAAUCUGGUGGUGCAUGGAUGGUCUUUUGGAGUGUUGGUUAAGGUUGGUUAUUCAAUUGUGUGCUUCUCUUUGAUGGUGAUUUUGUUUCUGUUUGUGUUGGUUAUCCAAACGGUUCUUUACUUUGUCUGUAAAUCUUACCACCAUGAGAAUAUAGACAAGUCGGCUUUGUCGGAUCAUCUUGAGGUUUAUCUUCUCGGUGAGUAUGUUCCUUUGAAGUCCAAAGACGUUCAGCUCGAACAAGUUCAUGUUUGAUUGAUUUACUUGUAAACGUAAUUGAGACUUGUAAUUCCGGAUGAUUUGGGCAUUAAAAGAUGGAUAUAUAUGUAGAAGUUGUAUACUUUAUUAAAGUUGCCUUCAGUCAUAUAUAGCCAAAUGUUAAUUUACAACAUAUAUAUUUCUUUGAAUAAGUCUUAAUUAAUUCUUGCCAUUUUAGUCUCA